AUGAAAGGUUUGAGGACCAUCACACUUACUUGUGUUCUCACCCUGUUACUACUGGCGACGUUUGUCUCGCAGUCGUGGGGCGCACCGAAGGGCUCUUUCCAACGAAGAAACUGGAGCCCGCAGGCCAUGUUGUACCUCAAGGGCACACAGGGACGCAGGUUCAUCUCAGAGGACCGAAAAGAAGGAGAUAUCUACGACACAUUACACUUAGAGACCCGCAGUCAGAACACAGAGAAGCUGAGUGUGGACCAGGCAGCCACUGUCCUGCUCAACUUCCUGCAGCAGGCCAAAGAGGGAGCUGAUGAAAACCCAGACGAGGUCUAUUUCCAGGAGCUGCCGGUGUGGAAGAGAGAAUUCUUCUGA